CAUCGCCUUCUGCUGCUGCUGGCUGGCUGGCUGUGUGUGAUUGAAGGCUCCUGACUCCCUCCCUGCCUGCCUGCACUGCACCCCCAGAGAGGGCACAGCCACCCUGUCACCCAGCUUCACCCUGCCCUGCCUCAUCUCCCUCCUCCUAUCUCCCCUCUCUCUCUCUCUCUCUUUCUAUUUAUCUCUCCCUCCCCUCCUCCCUUCUCCCCUGUUUGAUCUCAUUCACAUCUUGGAUGGGAAUACAGGAAAUUGGGGAGCACGGCAGAUCCAUUCAAGAAAAAAUAAAAAAGGACAAGGAAGGGAUUGCAAGAACGAAAGGGGAGGAGAGGGAUCCAACCCAGCAGAGAGAAUUCUCAGCAUUUCUGGUGGUGGUGAUUGUAUGUAUUUGUUGUGAUCUGGGCUAAAGACUGGUCCUUUAAGGAGAAAGAAGAGAAAUGCCCAGAAGGAAACAGCAGGCACCAAAAAGGGCAGCAGGUUAUUUCCAAGAAGAAGAGGAAUUGAAAGGUGAAGGGGUAAAAGAUGACGAAGAGGAAGAUGAUGACAGCAAUUCUACCGCUCAACUGCAAGACAGCACGUACUCGCCCACUGAUGAAGAACAGGAGGUAGGAGGAGAGCCCAAGAAAGUCUUCAGUUAUCAGAAUUCGCCAGCAAGUCAUCUAUGCAACCAAGAUGGGGAAAAUGAAUCUCUGCUCAGCGAUGCCAGCGAUCAGAUGACCGACAUCAAAGGCACAUCUUCUUCUAGAGAUGCUCAGGAUCAAAACAUGAGCCCUAUCCCCAAGCUUCAAAUAGAAGCACAAGACUGCAUGGAUAAAAUGAAGACUGCCUAUGCCAAUAUAUUGUCCGAUUCCUACUGGACAAGUUUAGGACUAAGUCUUAAAAUGCCUCAUACAGAAAGAAAAGUGUGUGAGACUCGUAACGGAGGUAACAAAAGUGACUUUGAUUGGCACCAAGAUGCCCUCUCUAAAAGUUUACAGCAAAAUUUACCUUCAAAGUUGAUUUCCAAACCAAAUCUCUUCAGUUCGGUGCAGUUGUACCGACAAAACUCCAAGAUGUAUGGAACUGUAUUCACAGGAGCAAGUAGGUUCCGUUGCAGGCAGUGUAGUGCGGCCUAUGACACCCUAGUAGAGUUAACUGUGCAUAUGAACGAAACUGGCCAUUAUCAAGAUGAUAACCGCAAAAAAGACAAGCACAGGCCUACAAAUUAUUCAAAGCCCAGAAAAAGGGCAUUUCAGGAUAUGGACAAAGAAGAUGCCCAGAAAGUCCUAAAAUGCAUGUUUUGUGGGGACUCAUUUGACUCUCUCCAGGACUUGAGUGUUCACAUGAUAAAAACAAAACAUUACCAAAAAGUGCCUUUGAAGGAACCUAUACCAGCCAUCUCAUCAAAAAUGGUCACAGCAUCAAAGAAACGUGUAUUUGAAGUCAACAGACCAUGUUCACCAGAUUCUACCACUGGUUCCUUUGUAGACCAUUGUUCUACACAGAAGAACUCCACUACACAGCUUUCUUCUAACAACCGAUAUGGAUACCAAAAUGGGGCCAGUUACACAUGGCAGUUUGAAGCCUGCAAAUCUCAAAUAUUAAAGUGCAUGGAAUGUGGGAGUUCACAUGAUACUCUACAACAACUGACAACACACAUGAUGGUUACUGGACAUUUCUUAAAAGUCACCAAUUCAGCCUCAAAGAAAGGGAAGCAGCUAGUUUUGGAUCCUUUGGCUGUAGAAAAGAUGCAGUCACUCUCAGAAUCACCAUCGAGUGACACCCAGUCAAAGACAUCAGGAAAUUCUCCAGCUGGCUCUAUUUCAGAGGUAAAGUCCAUUAAAGAGGGAAAAGGGGAUAAUGCAGAAGAUGUAAACAAAGAUGAAAAAGCUGACAUCUGUGAUGAACAUGAUGAUGCUUUGGAAAAGCCUUUAGAUCCUACCCUAAAAUAUCAAUAUCUAAGGGAAGAAGAUUUAGAAGAUGGCUCAAAAGAAGGCGGAGACAUUCUGAAGUCCCUAGAAAACACAGUGACCUCAGCGAUAAACAAAGCCCAAAAUGGAACCCCCAGCUGGAGUGCGUAUCCCAGCAUCCAUGCCGCUUACCAAAUUUCAGAAGUCAUGAAGCCUUCAGUCUCCAUUGGUUCACAAGUAAUGCAAAUGAGGCCCUCCUUUUCUAACAAAUUCAGGCCCAUUGCCCCCAAGUCCAAAUCGGUGCCUCUUGCUUCCAACACCCCACAUGAUUCUCCAUCCACACAGGUGAAGGACGAUGCUGAAGAUAGCGAAACUUCAACAGACUCAACUAAAGAGAUAAUUCAGUCUGAAAAUAUAUUGGCAGGCAAAGCAGAGGAUUCUCCUAAACAUGAAGUUAAUUCUGAGUCCACAAGGAAAGAAUCCAGCUCUCCUAAACAAGAGGAGAAUGUACAAAGGACCUGUGACAAAGAACAUAUUAAAACACAAGAGUGUGUUGACUCUCCCUUUGGCAACAAUGAUUGUUCUACUUUGCGAAGUUCUGCAAAUCAUUCUCCAGAAUUACCGUGUGUAAAUCCACUUAGUGCUCUACAGUCUGUCUUGAAUAACCAUCUUGGUAAAGCCUCUGAACCAUUGAGGUCUCAGGUCAGUUCAAAUUCCAGCUCCAGCAUGAUCAGUAUGUUUCAGAAACCUGUAAACAAAGCAGAGAGGCCAGUUGCAUGUUUAUCCCCUUCACGGCCUGCAAGUCAUUAUUUAUUUGAAAGCAGCGAUCAGCCAAUUGACCUUACCAAAUCAAAGAAAGUAGAGUCUGUCAAAGCACAGUCUUGCACCUCACCACCUCAGAAGCAUGCACUGUCAGACAUAGCAGAUAUGGUCAAAAUUCUUCCAAUAGCUACCACUCCAAAGCGUGUAGUUUCUCCAAGGCUGGCAACGGUGAAGCUGGACAUGGACUGCAAACGUUUUGAAGAUGUCUCAACAGAGGUCUCCUCAUUGCAUAAAAGAAAGGGAAGGCAGUCCAACUGGAACCCUCAACAUCUUCUCAUUUUACAAGCCCAGUUUGCUUCAAGCCUUUUUCAGACUUCUGAAGGAAAAUAUUUGUUAUCGGACCUUGGCCCUCAAGAACGGAUGCAGAUUUCUAAAUUUACAGGACUCUCCAUGACUACUAUUAGCCACUGGUUGGCCAAUGUAAAGUACCAGCUUCGAAAGACUGGAGGGACUAAGUUUUUGAAAAACAUGGACAAAGGACAUCCCAUAUUUUAUUGCAGUGACUGCGCAUCUCAGUUUCGAACACCUUCUAGCUACAUAAGCCACUUAGAAACACACCUAGGUUUCCAAAUGAAAGAUAUGAAUAGGUUGGCAGUUGAACAGCAAACCAAGGUCGAGAAGGAGAUUUCAAGGGUUGCAGUGCAGAGGUCACCUCAACCUACAACUGGGGAAGAGGAAAUAGACUGUAGAUUUAAGUGCAAGUUAUGCUGUAGGACAUUUGCAAGCAAACAUGCAGUCAAACUUCAUUUAAGUAAGACACACAGCAAAUCUCCCGAGCAUCAUUCUCAGUUUGUUUCAGAAGUGGAUGAGGAAUAAUUUGUAAUUUAUGCAUUUAAUCUUUUUUUCCUUGACUGUACAGUUUAUGAAACCAUCAGAACAUGCUUGUGUGCUUUCUUAGUAGUAGUAAAUAUAUUGAAAUGUAAUGUGUAUUUUGAUGUAAAUAUUGGUCAAUUUUGCAUUAUAUUGGGACGGGAUCAUCUCUCAUAAUGCAUAAAAAUCGUAUUUUCUUUGGUUUUGCAAACGCUGCUAUAAACCCAGACUCUGGUUAUAGGAUUUUUGAAACUCCUCGCUAUGUUUUUUGGUUGUUGUUGGGGUUUUUUUUGUACCAGAAGCCUUUUUGUAGAUUUUGUAAUUGGAGAUUCUCUGCUAUUUAAACAUUUCAAUCUGCAUCAUUCCACCAUCUCCGAGUGUGCUAUCAUUUCAGACAUUACGAAUGCUAGGCCAGAAAUAAGGACUGUCACUUUAAAAACUAUUUGCUCAUGGCAUUUAACCCUUGCAACAGCAUGAUAAGAUUGCCUUACGGGAACCUUUCAUAUUGUAACAGAAUAAAAUUAUUACAAUAAAUUAAAGGUAUGGGAAAUAUCUAAAUAAGUUAACAGAUUAACAUUUUAAUGUUUUUUUUCUCUUCUAAGGUGCAAAACAAUGAAUGUGUCCUCUGUUGGGUUAUGCAAACAAAAUGAAGCAGAUUUGUUAUGUUCAGUUUAUUUUCCUUGUGAUUUAUGUGCUUAAUAUUGAUCUGGCAAAAUUUGCAGCAUUAUAUAAUCAUGACUUUCAACCAUCCCAAAUUGGUGGGACAGUCCAGACUUUGUUCCCUGGUGUCCGGCUUUUGAAGACAUCAGGGAAUUCUACCCAAAAAGUUUAGACAAACUCUAUCUACAUUUAUGGCAAUAGCACCCUGCAAGCUCUGCCCUCAGUGGGCUGGCCUGCUUUAUUAGCAGAUCUGUUUGGCGUGCAUUCAUGCCAGGAUGACCUACCAGUAAUUUGGGCAGAAUCGCCCCUUUUCUGGAAAUGAUCACUGGACCAACCCGUUUACCACCUUCCCACCAGUGUCCCGUAUCUCGGAACUCUAAUGUUGGGGGGAAUGUAUAAUUAUUACUGUACGCUGCUUAUGCUUUUAAAGAAUG